GUAGAUUGCAAACGGUGACGAUCAAAGAGGACGUCACGUUUCUAUUGGCUCGUCGCUACGCCAAUUGGCAAAGCGACCAACUGCCAACUGUUUAAACAGUCGGUUGGGGGAAGCGGCCAGAUCGCAUGCACAGCAGCAGGAGCAGCACAAACACACACACACACACACGCACACACACACACACACCAAGGGAGGAUUCCGCCAUGGAUCGCUCGUCCUCCAACCGUAGCGGGACUAUCUGCAGAUAUUUCAUAAAUGGUUCAUGCCGGUAUGGCGAAACAUGCAACUAUCGACACGAGUAUCCCACUGCACUGUCAUCCCAAAUAUGUAGAUACUUUCAGAAAGGUGGAUGCUGGUAUGGUGAACACUGCAGGUAUAUCCACCUGCCUCAACCUGAAAGUCAUGGGGAUGGUGGCGGUCGAAGAGCGACUGCACAAACUGUUUCCUCCUCCUCCUCUCCCUCCUCAUCCUCUUCCUCAUCUUCUAUCUCCUCCAUGGUCCAACCUCCUGCUGACCGCAGAGGGUCAGUGAUGUCUGAGAUGACGUCCAGGCGGGAACGCCACACUUCAAAUACUGGGAACCUUCAAGCGGAGGAACAAUUCCAAUAUGCUUCUUACCAAAGAUCACCUAAGAACUCAGAAUGGGCAUCUGCAAGUGAUGGCAAAGAGUCAUUUGGACAGGAGGCCCCAACCAAUUCCACUGAAGACGUGGGUGCUGCUGCUGCGGCCUCUAGUUCCAGCAGGACAUCAGAGGCUUUCCUCAAGAGUCGAGACGUCAUCUGUGGUAUUUGCAUGGACAAGGUGUAUGAAAAGAUGGAUCCAAGAAACCAGAUGUUUGGAAUCUUGCCCAACUGUACCCAUGCCUUCUGCCUACAAUGCAUCAUGACAUGGAGAAAAACGAAGGACCUCGGACAAGAAGUCGUGAAAACCUGUCCACAAUGCAGGGUGAGAUCCCCCUUUUACGUGCCCAACAAAUACUGGGUUGAAGGCCAGGCCAAGGAAAGUCUUAUAGCUGACUUCAAAGACAAAUUCAGUAAGCGUAGCUGCACUUACUAUGCACGAUACAAAUGCUGCCCCUUCAAGACAGAGUGCCUUUACCGGCAUGACAAGUCUGCACGACGUAGCUCAUUUCUGUGCAACACGGAUGAUGAUGACGACGACGACGAUGAUGACGACGACGAUGACUACGAUGGCGUAGACCUGCUCAAUUUCUUCAUUGCCAUGACUCUUCUCAGUGCUGAUGACGACGACGACGAUGACAGUGACGAUUUUUUAUUCCUAGACAAGUACUGUUUCUGAGCCUUUUCCUUUCUUUUUUCAGUGUUUGAACCACUGAAAUAGGCCAGAAAAUUGUAACCCCACAGUUGUAAUAACACAACUGCUCCUGCCCUUGGACAAUUAGAACUGUUGGGGCAGGCAAGGGUAUUCAUACACCAUGCAGGUUUAUGUGAGGUCAUACUAUAUAGCACCUGUUUUCACUGACUUGCUCAAACCAGAGAGACACUAAUCUGACCUGACCUGCUGCAGUAGACGGCAAACAUGAAUUGUACGCACAUCCUUACUCAAACUAAUGUAAGCCGUCUUGUGAGGAUGAAUAAGGAUUGGGUUUCGGCUAUGCCCCCCGGUUGUUUUUUUUAUAUAGAGUA